AUGUUCUCCCGAUUCGCGAAGAGCUUCGCCCAAAAUGCGGUCAAGCCUUCCACAUCAUCCCGAUUGAGCCUUCAGCUCAGGUUCUCAUCCAACCAGACUGCCGUCUCCGGAAGCAAAGGCAGGAAGAUGCCCUACGUUCCCCGAUCCGCUACUCCCGUCGCCUCUGUCCCUGCCACCUUCACCAUCCGAGAUGGUCCUGUCUUCCAGGGUAAGGCUUUUGGUGCCAAUGCCAACAUCUCCGGCGAGGCGGUCUUCACCACCUCGCUUGUAGGUUACCCCGAGUCUAUGACCGACCCCUCAUAUCGUGGUCAGAUUCUAGUCUUCACCCAACCAUUAAUCGGAAAUUAUGGUGUUCCAUCCAAAGAGCGAGACCAGUGGAACCUGCUCAAGUACUUUGAGUCGCCUCACAUCCAAUGCGCUGGUGUUGUCGUCUCUGAUGUCGCUCUCAAGUACAGCCAUUGGACAGCUGUUGAGAGCUUGAGCGAAUGGUGCGCCCGAGAGGGUGUUCCUGCCAUCUCGGGCGUGGAUACCCGAGAGAUCGUCACCUAUCUGCGAGAGCAGGGUUCUUCCCUCGCCAGAAUCUCCAUUGGUGACGAGUAUGAUGCUGACGAGGAUGAGGGCUUCAUUGACCCCGGCCAAAUUAACCUCGUUAAGCGUGUCAGCACCAAGGCUCCCUUCGUUGUCGAGUCUCCCGGUGCCGCUUUCCACGUUGCUCUUCUUGAUUGCGGCGUGAAGGAGAACAUCCUUCGUAGCCUCGUAAGCCGAGGAGCCUCCGUCACUGUCUUCCCUUACGACUACCCUAUCCACAAGGUUGCUCAGCACUAUGACGGUGUGUUCAUUUCCAACGGGCCUGGUGAUCCGACUCACGCCGCUCAAACCGUCUACAACUUGGCUCGCCUGAUGGAGACCUCGUCCAUCCCCAUCAUGGGUAUCUGCCUCGGUCACCAGCUUCUUGCUCUUGCCGUAGGGGCCCAAACCAUCAAGAUGAAGUAUGGCAAUCGAGCCCAUAAUAUCCCCUCCCUCGACCUUACCACCGGACAGUGCCAUAUUACCUCCCAGAACCAUGGCUACGCUGUCGACGCCAGCACUCUUCCCAGCGACUUCAAGGAGUACUUCGUAAACCUCAAUGAUGGAAGCAACGAGGGUAUGAUGCACAAGACUCGCCCCAUCUUCUCUACCCAGUUCCACCCCGAGGCCAAAGGUGGCCCAAUGGACAGCUCCUACCUCUUCGAUAAGUACCUGCAGAACGUCCAGCGCGAGAAAGAAAGCCAGGCCGUCUACAAGGACAACCGUCCCAGCCAGUUCCUACUUGACAUUCUCAGCCGUGAGCGCGUCGGCGUUGAGCCCUCUCCUCUCGCUCAGGCGGCAUAA